UUCAGUUGUAGUUUUACCCAAAACUUAAGUACUUCACAGACAAGUCAGUCUUUAAUAAAACGUCGAGCUUUAAACAUCGUCUUCGAAACCUUAACUCUAGACUGUGAUCGUGAUCAUUAUCUAUAGUGUGUAAAAUUAAGAGCAAGCGAAAAUGCAAAUUUCCCUUGUAUUUUCUUUAAUCUGUUUGGUGGCUUCGGCCUGGGCCAAUACCGGUGCUCCCGCUAAGCCUGGUGUACCCGAAAAACAAUUGGUUUGCUAUUAUGAUUCCUCCAGUUUUAUUAAAGAGGGUUUGGCUAAACUUAUCAUUGACGACUUAGAACCCGCCUUCCAAUUCUGUACCUAUGUCGUCUACGGUUAUGCUGGCAUUGAACGUGAUUCCUUCAAAGCUUUGAGUACCAAUCAAAAUUUGGAUUUGGAUUUGGGCAAGGGUUUGUAUCGUACAUUGACCCGUCUAAAGCGUAAAUAUCCCAAUGUUAAGGUUAUGUUGAGCGUGGGUGGUGACAAGGAUAUCGAAACUAGUGAAGAUGCUAAGGAUUUGCCCAACAAAUAUUUGGAAUUGUUGGAAAAUCCUACUGGUCGCAUGCGUUUCAUUAACACCGCCUAUGCUUUAGUAAAGACUUAUGGUUUUGAUGGUUUGGAUAUUGCUUGGCAAUUCCCCAAGAAUAAGCCCAAGAAGGUGCACAGUGGUUUGGGUAGUUUCUGGAAGGGUUUCAAGAAAGUCUUUACCGGUGAUCAUAUUGUAGAUGAAAACUCGGAAAUGCAUAAGGAACAAUUUACUGCUCUUAUGCGUGAUUUGAAAAAUGAAUUGAGACCUGAUAACUUUUUGUUGUCUACCACUGUCUUGCCCAAUGUUAACUCUUCAUUGUUCUACGAUAUUCCCGCCUUGGUUAACUAUGUUGACUUUGUUAACUUGGCUGCCUUCGAUUUCUAUACGCCCGAACGUAAUCAUGAAUUGGCUGAUAUUACCGCUCCCUUGUAUCCCAUGGCUGAUCGUAAUCCUGAAUUCAAUGCUGAUUAUCAGGUACAAUUCUGGUUGCGUAAUGGCUGCCCCUCGAAGAAAAUCAAUUUAGGUGUCAGCACCUAUGGCCGUCCCUGGAAAUUGACUGAAGAUUCUGGAGAUACUGGUGUACCCCCUGUAGCUAAAGUUGAAAAUGAUGCUCCUUUGGGUGUUAACACUCAAACUUUGGGCUUGUAUAGCUGGCAAGAAACCUGCUCUUUGUUGCCCAAUGCCAAUAACAUGUAUGCCAAGGGUGCUGAUGCUCCUUUGAGAAAAGUUUCUGAUCCUGCACGCCGCAGUGGUGUUUAUGCCUUCAGAGCUGCCGACAAAAAGGGCAAGAAUGGUGUUUGGGUUUCUUAUGAAGAUCCCGAUACUGCUGCUGAUAAGGCUGCCUAUGCUAAGAAUCAUAAUUUGGGCGGUAUUGCUUUGUACGACUUGUCUUAUGAUGAUUUCCGUGGCCUUUGCACCGGUGACAAAUAUCCCAUUUUGCGCGCCAUCAAAUAUCGUUUGGUCAAUUAAAUCUGAUGUUUUUUUUUGUGUGUAAGCUUAAUUUUUACUAAUUAUGUGAAAAUUAUGUAAUACGUUUUUAUAUUAUAGUUUUAGGCAUGUUUAUUCUGUAACGUUUUUGUGCUUUUUUUGGAGAGUUGAUGAAAAAGAAAAUAAAUAUUUUUAAAAAAAGUUUUUAC